AUGGUCGGUUCGUUGGCCCCGCCGCCCACCAAUCGCUCGGUGAGCGUGCCACGCGUGAGCGCCGAUGUACCGAUCUGGGUAAUACCCUGCUAUAGCAUCAUACUGCUCUGUGCUGUCGUUGGAAAUCUGUUGGUGGUGCUCACCCUCGUCCAGAAUCGCCGCAUGCGCACCAUUACGAACGUCUUUCUCCUCAACCUGGCCAUCUCGGACAUAUUGCUGGGUGUGCUUUGCAUGCCCGUCACUUUGGUGGGCACUCUGUUGCGUCAUUUCAUCUUUGGCGAAUUUCUCUGCAAGCUCAUACAAUUUGCCCAGGCCGCCUCUGUAGCCGUCUCCUCCUGGACUCUGGUGGCCAUCAGCUGCGAGCGGUACUAUGCUAUUUGCCAUCCCCUACGCUCCCGCACCUGGCAGACCAUCAACCAUGCAAACAAAAUCAUUGCGUUCAUCUGGCUAGGAAGUCUGGCGUGCAUGACGCCCAUUGCGGUCUUUAGCCAACUGAUGCCCACAAGUCGACAAGGUCUGCGUAAGUGCCGCGAGCAUUGGCCAACUGGUUCGCUAGGCUACGAGCGGGCGUACAACAUAUUCCUGGUGCUGGCACUUCUCGUUUUUCCGCUGCUCGUCCUCAGCUUUACGUACUUUCUGAUCACGCGAACCCUGUACGUGAGCAUGCGAAAUGAGCGCGCCAUGAUUUUUGGGAGCAGUGGCAUUGCCGCCAGCAGUGGGCCGGGAAGCCUUGUCGCAGUUGCCGGACUACCUAACAGUGGCAGCAGCCAGAGCUGUGGUGCUGGCGCUGGAGCCAGAGUCGCCAAAUUAAGCUAUACCGGCAGCAACUAUCAUGGCAAUGUCAAUCAAUCGUUUCGCUUUCAAUUGCGUCAGAGCUGUGGCGGUGCAGUGGAUGGCAGUGGCAGUGGCAUGGAUGGCGCUGCAGAGCUGGAGUUGCUCUUCCAACAGCAACAACACUCGCAGCAACAACAACAGUUUGCAGCACCCCAAUAUUAUUAUGCGGACAGCUUUGGACACGGAGGGAGCAAACGCAAGUUGCUGACUUCCUGUGAUGGCCGACGUCAUUUGUAUUGCAUACGAAGCGCCUCAUUUAAAUCGCUACGUCAGACCCCCAAUGGGGGCGGGGAUUGCUGUGUGCGAGCCCCAAACUCAUCGCAGCCCCCACAACGAUUCCUACGCCAACAGCAUCAACAACAGUCUCUCUAUAUGACGGACAGUGAACGGCGCAAAUCGCUUUCGACUCCCAGUCUACGCAUCAACGCGGAUGCUGCUCUACGCAGAUCCAAUGAGACCAAGAGCUUGGAGAGCAAGAAGCGUGUGGUGAAAAUGCUGUUUGUGCUCGUGCUGGAAUUCUUCAUCUGCUGGACCCCACUAUACGUAAUCAAUACGAUGACCAUGUUCAUUGGACCCGCUGUCUAUGAGUAUGUGGACUAUACGGCCAUUAGUUUUCUCCAGCUUUUGGCCUACUCCUCCAGUUGCUGCAAUCCGAUUACCUAUUGCUUCAUGAAUGCAAGCUUUAGGCGCGCCUUUGUGGACACAUUUAAGGGUAUGCGACUGAGCGAUGGCGGUCGGUUUUGUCGGCGACGUUCCAAGAACGAAACGAACCUAUCGGUGGCUGGCAAUUCGAUUGCCCUCGCCAAUUCGGUCAUGUCAAGCCAUACGAUCUUGGAGAGUCCGCGUCUAUGAGGGCGCCAGCGCUCGCGUGACAAACGUGCGAGUCGUCGCAACGAAAUGGAAUCCGAGUCCCUGUAAAUGGUACUGUGCAGCAAUUAAAUGAAUUACGA